UGCAGCUGCGGCAGCACCUGGCAAGGAGCCGCAGCGCCGGGGAUGUGAACCAGGCGGGGAGGAAGGCCCUUGACUCAUCAGAUAAAUCCAGCCCCGCACGGCUGAGCGAAGGCGGAGGAGGCGCGGCGGUGAGCCGGGCAGGAUGGCGGGGGACAGCGAGCAGCGGCUGGAGGAGCAGGGGCAGCCCAGCGGCGGCGAGCCCUUCCUCAUCGGGGUCAGCGGCGGCACGGCCAGCGGCAAGUCCUCAGUGUGCUCCAAGAUUGUGCAGCUGCUGGGGCAGAACGAGGUGGAUUAUCGCCAGAAGCAGGUGGUGAUCGUGAGCCAAGACAGCUUCUACAGGGUGCUCACCUCGGAGCAGAAAUCCAAAGCACUCAAAGGCCAGUUCAAUUUUGACCACCCAGAUGCCUUUGACAACGAGCUGAUCGUGAAAACCCUCAAAGAGAUCACAGAAGGGAAGACGGUCCAGAUUCCUGUCUAUGACUUUGUCUCCCACUCCAGGAAAGAGGAGACGGUGACAGUGUACCCUGCUGACGUGGUGCUCUUCGAGGGCAUCCUGGCCUUCUACAGCCAGGAGGUGAGGGACCUGUUCCGCAUGAAGCUCUUCGUGGACACGGACGCCGACACCCGCCUGUCCCGCAGAGUGCUCCGAGACAUCAGCGAGCGAGGCAGGGACCUGGAGCAGAUCCUGUCUCAGUACAUCACCUUUGUCAAGCCUGCCUUCGAGGAGUUCUGCCUGCCGACCAAGAAAUACGCUGAUGUGAUCAUUCCCAGAGGAGCAGAUAAUGAAGUGGCCAUAAACCUGAUAGUGCAGCACAUCCAGGACAUUCUUAACGGAGGACUCAGCAAACGCCAGAGCAACGGGUACCUGAAUGGCUACACUCCCCCGCGCCAGCGGCAGCCCUCAGAGUCCAGCAGCCGGCCCCACUGACCCGGGCAGAGCCGAGGCCAGCACGGCCCCUCUGUACAUACUGUCCACUCGUUCCCCCCUUAUCUAUUUAAGAAACCAGACGGAGACGAAUGCCUUUAAUUUUGUAUGUUGGAGUUGCCCAACGAGAAGCCGCCGGUUGCUCGGGAGCCCGGACCACCCUCAGCUCCCGGCCUUGCUCCAUAACUCCUCCAGCACGGAUCCGCCUAUAAACCUCUAUAAAUAUAGAAUUGCUCUAUUUUUGCGUAAAUGCAGAAUAACGUAAAAUUAAUUGCUGUCA